AUGAAUUUGUGUUUUUCAUUAGCUUGUCUAUUUUUGCUGGUUUUCAGUGUUGUUGACACAUUUUCGAGACGAAGUGAAUUGAGUUAUGAUAAGUGAGUUUGGAGAUCCCAGACAUCCCAAAGAUCUGCCACGUGGAAAUUUAUUCAGCGCGGAAAAUUUGGAAUUUUUUGAGACCGAACAAGCUUAGGGUUACUGUAGAUUUCAGCGCUUAAAAGCUACAGUAAUCUUGGAUUUUCAGGCCCGAAAAUUGAGAUUUUUCAACACCAAACAAGCUUAGGGUUACUGUAGAUUUCAGCUCUAAAAAUCUACAGUAAUCUUGAUUUCGUUUGGUACCGAAAUUUGUGAUUUUUUAAUACCAAACAAGCUUAGGGUUACUGUAGAUUUCAGCGCUGAAAAACUACAGUAGUCACGGAUUUUCAGGCCCCAGAAUUCAGAAUUCCGGAUUUGCAAAAAAAAUCGUUAAAAAAAGUUGCUGAAAAAAAUUGUGCCACGUGGAAUUUCAGUUCAAAAUGCCCAGAAAUUUGAAAAUCUUCUGGGAUCUCGAUUUUUUCUGAAAAUCUCAAAUUUUCAGCCAAGCGCCAGCAGCCUCAAUAGCCAGAAAACCAUGCAACAAACCAAAGUGAGUUUCCAAAAAAUGUGUUUUUUUUUUUUUUGAAAUUUCAAAAUCCUGGAUUUUCAGGCCCACAGUCACCAAAAAACCAUGCAAAAAAACGACUCCGUAAGAAUUUUUUUUCCAUUAAAAUUCUGAACUCUGCUUUCAGAAAGCCUCCCAAGAAACCGUGCUCGAAACCUGGAGCAAAACCACCAACAGUUCAGCCGCCAGUCACAACAUCUCAAUGUCUACUUCAGCGACAGUGCAAAAAUGUGGAUGUUGGGUGAGUCGGGAGAUUGGCUAUGACGUGGCAAGAGUCAUUGAUUUUCCAGCGAUAAAGUUCGAAGAAUGUGUCGAAAAGUGAAAUAUGAUCCAGACACCCAAAAAUCAACUGUGAUUUCUGAUUGGGAAUAUGAAGAUCAGGAUGUUAAGCCAAGAUCAGGAGAACUUCAAGGUGAAGGAUUUGACGAUGGAACUGCGAUGAUUAUGCCGGAUUUGAAUCAGGGUCAGAAACAAUGUGAAAAGAUCAAUGUGGGAACCAGAAGUUAUCCAAAAUACCGUCAGAGAUGUCGAAGAGUCAAGAUCGAUAGAUCAACCCAGAAAACCACAGUGAUUUCUGAUUGGGAAUAUGAAGAUCUUGAUGAUGGAAGUUCUGGUGGAUCUAGCGGAGCAUCUGAAUCUAACCAAUCUGGAGAAUCUGAAGCGUGAGUUCUAUAAUUUUCUAAAUUUCCAGGAACAUUCAAAAAUCAAUAUUUCCAGUCAAAAACAAUGUGAGAAGGUCAAUGUGGGAACUAGAAGUUAUCCGAAAUACCGUCAGAGAUGUCGAAGGGUCAAGAUCGACAGAACUACCAAUAAAACCACAGUGAUCAGUGAUUGGGAAUAUCAGGAUGAGGAAUCUGAUGGAACUUCAAGAUCUGACGGAAGUGGAGAACUUCAAUCAUCGAGUGGUGGUGUAGAUCUUGAUAAUGGAAAUACCUCGAGUGGAGGUUCUAGUGGAGCAUCUGAAUCUAACCAAUCUGGAGGAUCUGAAGCGUGAGUUCUAUAAUUGCCACGAACAUUCAAAAAUCAAUAUUUCCAGUCAGAAACAAUGUGAGAAGGUCAAUGUUGGAACUAGAAGUUACCCUAAAUACCGUCAGAGAUGUAGAAGAGUCAAGAUCGAUAGAUCAACCCAGAAACAGACUGUGAUCAGUGAUUGGGAAUAUGAAGAUCUUGAUGAUGGAAGUUCUGGAGGAGGUUCAAUUUCAAGAUCUGAUGGAACUGAGAGCGCUGAACUUCAAUCUUCCAGUGGCGGUAUUUCUAGAUCUGAUGAAGCUGAAGGUUCUUCAAGAGAUCAAAUGUAAGUUCCAGGAAAAACCCUGCUAGAUUCUUCUGAUUCUGGAGUUCCAGCCAAAAUCAAUGUGUCAAGGUCAAGGUUGGAAAUCGACUUCGGCAAAAGUGUAGAAGCAUCAAGAUCGAUAGAUAUACCCAGAGGCAGACUGUGAUCAGUGAUUGGGAAUAUCAGGAUGAAGCUUCUGAAACUUCUGAAAAUUCCAGUUCUUCCCAAGCUGGGCCUCAAAAACAAUGCGAAAAUGUGAGCAGAUCUCAAAAACGAUGCCGUCAGGUCAGAAUCGAUGAAUCUUCCGGGAGAAAGAUCAUUCUAUCCGAGUGGGAAUAUGAAGAUGUUAGUGAGUACGGUGAUGAAUUGACUGAAAAUGCCAAGCCACGUGUGAAUGUGAAGAUGUGAGUUACUUAGAAGGAUCUUAAGGGGCCUUAAGGGGCCUUAAGGGGCCUUAAGGCCUUAAGAGCUUAUCUUCUAAAAAUAUUUUUUCCAGUGACACCGACAACGAUUCAGAUUCGUGAGUUCUAAUCUAAUCAGCGCUGAAACUUCACGCCACAGAAAAUUUUGCAGAACUCAGCAAUGCGAGACAAUCAACAUCGGAACCGAAUCAAAUCCAAAAUAUCGCAAACGUUGUCGGCAAGUUCAAACGAACAUCACACGUCACAACAAAACGACGACCACCGAAUGGGAUGGAGAUGUUUCAGAUGGCCGAAGUGGAACGAAGAUUUCGAGAAAAAAUCGAGUGGAAACAUCGGAUGAUUAUGAUAGAAGAACUGGGGAAGAUCAAGAUCAAGAUCAAGAAUAUGAUUCGGAUCCUGAAGUUGAUUAUAGUAGUCCAAGGCAACGAAAAGCGGUACAUCCUUCGGAUGACGGAGAAUAUGCAUUUGAUUAUUGA